GCUAUGGUCAAAGUUCUGCGUCACGAAUGAAGCUCAAUACGACCCAACUCUAAGACUAUGGAAAAUGGGACAUGGUGUGGAAGCGCACCUCGUCAGGCUCACAGAAGCUUGCCAAUGGCGAUACUUGAUACCUACUGCAUGUAUCAUGCUCUUUCUGGUUUUUCGCCGCAACUACACAGAAUCCCUCACCAUACUCCGCGGCCUCGGUGUCCAGACCUCGACUACAUCUUUGACGUAUCUCCAGACAUUGCUACCGAGAAGAGAAACGCUAGAGAUCGUUUGGAGGGGCGUAAGAGGAGGAUUGUGGGAAGACAGCAUGAAGAGUGCAGACCGGGAAAAGAACGUUGAGAGCAAAGCAGCGGGGACGGUAGAAUCGUAACAUGAAUAAAGUGCUCCAAUAUAUGUCGUAACAACCACAUGAUUAGAACCUCGUCCGCGUCCUACACAUGCUCUGAGGGUUUGCGUAAGCCUCCUCAUUGAGCUGCCGUAACAUUGUAUCCAUACCUUCAGCUUCGCUACACUUUUACAAGCAUCAGAGCUCCCCGUUUACAACAGUCCAUCCGGGUGCUCUAGCCUCGUGGUAGGAAUCACGCCUGCUCUGGUCUUUUUGGUAUCAAU